UCACGUACCAUCUGCCAGGUGCCAAUGUACCACGGUUGGUACCCAUACCACUGGUUGAAAGGCCUUGGCUUAGAAAACUAUCCAAGAUGGCUGCUCUCCAAGACAGACUUCUUAAAAAAAAUGAUUAACACCAGCUAUCAAAGCAAAUCACUUGCUCCUCUUAUUGAUAACUAUGCCCACUGUGGCAAUCUGUUAUGCCUGCUAAACUUUGGCCUAAUCCAGCAGGAUCCUUACUGUGAGUUUAUUAUACAUUUUGUGUGAUUUAUUAUAGGGUCUAUUACUUGCAGUCUUAUUUUUUAGCUGAUAACUUCCAUCAUUAGAAAUGCCAGCACGUACUGAUAUGAGUUUGGACAGGAAACUAUUUUACAACAUUAGCAACUGUUUAUUUGUUUUUUUCUAUGUGAAAGCUGAAUUGAUAAAGGCAUUGUCACCCUUAAGAUUAAUUACUGAACUCUUAAGAUUAAUUACUAUGUUUCAAAAACUUACUAAAAUACAUAUUGGCUAAUAAAUAAGUAUCAUUCUAAAUAUUCCUUAAGAUAUUUGGAAUCCAGUCAUGUGUCAUUUUUUGUUUCAAUGCAUGAACUGGUGAACGUUCUUCAUUUAUGAGCCAUUUCAUCCCACUGAACUGUCCAACAUGUUUUCUAAUUUAUAUUCAAAAUUGCUAGAACAUGUCCUAUCACUCUUAAAAAGUUAUACAGGUAGUCCUCAACUUAUCACAAAAUUUGUUGCUAAGCAAAACAGUUAAGUGAAUUUUGCCCCAUUUUGUGACUUUUCUUGCCACAGCUGUUAAGUAAAUUAAUGCAGUUGUUAAGUUAGUAAGGUGGAUAUUAAGUGAAUCUGGUUUCUCAUUGUUUUUGCUUGUCAGAAGGUUGCAAAAGGUGAUCACAAUGUUCAUGACCCCGGGGUACCGCAAUUGCCAUAAAUAGCCAAGCAUCAAAAUUUUGAUCACAUGACCAUGAGGAUACAGCAACAGUUUUAAGUGUGAAAAAGGUGAUAAAUCACUUUUUUCAGUGCUGUUGUAACUUUGGUCAUUAAAAAAACUAUUGAAAAUCAAAGACUUCCUGUACACUUAAGAUUGCUAUGUAUCAAUGGAUUAGGUUGCAAAUGCACAAAGAACAAAAGCCGAAAAUUCAUUUCUAUCAAUCAUCCAGAAAAGACCUUUGAGAAAUUUACAAUAAAAUGUAGGAAUUAAUCAGAUUUCUUGAAAAAACAAAAGCAAAGGGAUUUUCUCAAAUCCUUUAAACACAUUAUAAAAAAUUUGUUGCCUUUAGGUUCCUUUCUGCAUGAAAUAGCACACGUCACAAACGUUGUUUCUAGGUAAAUCCAUAUAUAAGGCUGCAGCUAAAACCUUUCACAGCGUAAUCCUGCCCACGAUUACUUCCGAAGAAAUCUGCUUUCAAUGGACCCGCUUUUAAAUGUCAAUCGCCUUCGUUUUUAAGAUUCUACGAUACUGUUAUUUUGAUAGCCACUCUUAAAAUCCAAAAGUGUAAUUAUCUUACACACGCUUCCGGUUUGUUUUUCAUCAAAAAUAAGUAGUUUUUUUUAGCAGACAAAAACCUACAUUAGCCGCCAUCCACACAUCUAAAAGUAAAACGAAACACGGCAUUCAGAUGGGCGUAACCACCACCUACAUGGCGCAUGCGGGUUACGUCAGGUAGGUAUAACUUCCUUUUCAAUGCCUGCUGGGAAAUGGGGUUCCCUGCCAAAUGGGUUUUCGGGGCGGAGGUAACGGUGUUGCUUUCUUUCUCGUUGGCGUCCUUGUUUUCCCCAUUUAGAGUCUCGUGUUGAAAUUCCAGGGGAGACAAAAGCGCGCGCGCAUAAAAUCCUCCACGUCUUCUGCUGAUCUAGGUGACCGAAACACGGGCGAAGCGGAGCGGGGACUACCGGAAUGAGGCAGCCCGCCAGCCCAGUUUGAAAAAUAAAUGGCGCCUUAAGAGCAACGGGACUGAGUCAGAUGUGACAGUCGGUGCGCCCCGCCCUGUCAUAGAGUGGAGUCAGCAGCGAAAGGAAAUCAAAGAAAACGGACUUCGGCCAUACAAGCUUCUCCUAUUUCCCGCUCAAAAAAAAAAAAAAAUUUGGCUGAAGUCACGUGGAAAGGGCCGGUUGGGAAGCCACAUGAUCUGAGUGGCCCCCUGAGGUUGGGAGUCGUCGCAAUGGGUACCACGGUGGACAUCAAGAUCAAGCGAGCUAACAAGGUGUACCACUGCGGGGUGAGCAUUCUCUGCCGGGGCUGCCGUACAAAUCUGGCGAAGUGGAGACGCUGGAAUGAAGUUCUCACUGGAGUGGUGGUCAUAACAAGUAAAGAUUCAAUCCAGCAUCAGGGAAUCUCAUUAACAAUGGAUGGAUCUGUAAAUCUGCAGCUCAGUGCUAAAAGUGUUGGUGUGUUUGAAGCAUUCUGCAAUUCUGUUAAGCCUAUUCAGCUGAUUACUAACACAGUAGAAAUGGUAAAAUCUGGAAAACUGCCUAGUGGUAAAACAGAAAUUCCUUUUGAGUUCCCACUGCAAGUAAAAGGAGGCAAAAUUCUUUAUGAAACUUACCAUGGAGUUUUUGUCAAUAUCCAGUAUACUCUUCGAUGUGAUAUGCGACGUUCUCUCCUGGCCAAGGAUUUGACAAAAUCUUGCGAAUUUAUUGUCCAUUCACCACCUCAGAAAGGUAAGCCAACUCCAAGCCCUGUAGACUUUACUAUUACUCCUGAAACACUACAGAAUGUGAAAGAGAGAGCACUGCUUCCAAAAUUUCUCAUAAGAGGUCAUCUCAAUUCAACAAACUGCAUCAUAACACAACCUCUAACAGGGGAGCUGAUAGUGGUGAAUUCAGAUGCUGCUGUUAAAAGCAUUGAACUCCAGUUGGUACGAGUGGAAACCUGUGGCUGUGCUGAAGGUUAUGCUAGAGAUGCCACUGAGAUUCAGAACAUUCAGAUUGCUGAUGGCGAUGUCUGCAGAAAUCUUCCUAUUCCAAUCUACAUGGUCUUUCCAAGAUUGUUUACAUGUCCUACACUGGAAACUACAAACUUCAAAGUUGAAUUUGAAGUUAACAUCGUUGUCCUCUUGCAUGAUGAUCACUUAAUCACAGAGAAUUUUCCAUUGAAACUCUGCAGAAUGUGAUUAGGAAGCUCAGGAUAAUCUUCUCGCAAAAGUAUGUGACGUCGACAUGUUGGACAUGUACUGUGCUCCUUAAUCCAUGGACCAAUACACUAUAUAAGAUAUAAAAAGAUUGUACACAUAUUUCAUUAAAAAAAAUAUUCACCUGUCUGAGAUGAUAUAGGUUCUCCUGCUUGAACAGGGGUCUGGACUAGAAGACCUCCAAUGUCCCUUCCAGCUUCUGUUCUGUUCUAUUCUAUUCUAUUCUAUAUAUGGCUAUAUUUUUAAUAUAUUAUUAAAUCAUAUGAAAAAAAUUUGAGUGCCUAGCAGCCCACAGGGGUGCCUUAACUUUCCACAUCUCUUUUGGCUGCCCUGGACAGCAGCACUAGUGUUGGAACUGAAAUAGAGGCCCAGGGCCUUCAGCAGUCUCAGCUAGUUGCCACCCACCCCAGCUUUUACUUUAGACUCAGCAGCACUGCCACCUCAUGCCCUGUGCCUUGGCCAGCCACACCAGCACAAUGCCAAGCCUCAGCUACUGCCCUGCAGGCUCUUCAUGCUGCUUUGCUCUCUUCCACUGCUGACAAAGUGGGCAGCAGUGGGCCUGGGUCUAUAUGAGGAAGCUGCUAAUCACGCUAGACUUUCUUUCUGAGGUAAUUUGCACCAUCUUCCAAAUAAUGUGCAGUUCUCAAAAUGCUUCAGAAGCUUUCUGAAGCCUUCUGAAAUCUCGCGGUUCUCCAAAUUGCAUGUAUCAUUUUGGUGAUACUUUUGAAACUAUAUUCAAAAAGUUUCUAGCACCAACUACAUGUUUCACAGUUGCAGUUUCUUGGUUUAAACCUCUGAAUUUUCACCCUGUGGGCUGCUUUGCCUGCUACUUCCAGAUAAAUUGCUAUUCUUCUUAGCUGAUAUGGGGGGGGGGAAGCAAUCUUUUCUUAAGGGGCCAGCUCUGGACUGGUCAUUUUAAAUUACUAUCAUCAAGUCUCCAACAUCCCCAUUUUUAGGGAAGAUGAAGAAUAUCACUGACAAAGGGCUCCGGAAGAAAAGAAAAAAUUGUAUUUCCUCGAGAAAUGUCAAGGAUUUACUAGUUUAAGAAACGUAUUCUGUAAGUUUCUGCUGAUGAGGCUUUCCAAAAUCAUUUCUACUCUACUCCUGGGAAUUGUGGGAUCUCAAGAAAAGUGGAGGAUAUUAUAUUGUAGAGUCCUUGAAGAAAUGAUACAGAAAAGUUCCAUCAUAAAUGCCUUUAUCUGCUCAUAUUUUUUGGUGCUGAUAUGUGAAAGUCAACAUGUUGAUCUUCCUAUCCUGAGGAAAAGCAACAUUGUAGCUAUCUAAAAGCACAACUACAAUAAUAAAAACUGCUACGGAAGUAUUGUAUUUCGAUAUGAUUAUGGUCUUAUCUAUUUUUGAGAUUGGAAAACUCAUUUCCUAAGUAAUGUAGGUCACAUUAAACAUACUUUGAAUUUGUAAGAAGCUUAUUUUUUAUAUUAUAUAUAUCAGCCUGAGUACUGAAAGACUGGUCCUGGAAACCAAGAUAAUUUAGACUUCCACAAUAUAAUUUGUGUUUUUGCUCACUAAGACUAAAUUCCCCAAGUAUAUAUUGCAAAGAUUAUAUUAAAAAUGUGGUGCAACACUG